CGCAGCCGGCGCGCGGGGCGGCGCCGUUUCUUUCUUCGCCAUACUUGCACAAACGCUCAGAUCAACGAACGCACUUAAAACCCUCCUCGGCACCGCAAAGUCCCGGCUUCUUUUUUUAUUUUUUAGAAUCAAGUCAUGGCUGAGGAUGACGUGACUCCGGAGCAGCUAGCAGCCAUCGCCGCGGAGAAUGAGGAGCCGGAGCCCGUCAACUACAAGCCGCCGGCCCAGAAGUCAGUGAAAGAGAUCCAGGAGCUGGACAAGGACGACGAAAGUCUGCGCAAAUAUAAAGAAGCUCUGCUCGGCCCCGGGAUCAGCGAGGCGGAUCCCAAUGCUCCCAACGUCCAGGUGACCCAGAUGACUCUGAUCUGUGAGACGGCUCCAAACCCGCUGAUCCUGGACCUGCAAGGUAAUCUGGAAGCUUUUAAGAAGCAGGCUUUUAUACUGAAGGAGGGAGUAGAAUACAAGAUAAAGAUCAGCUUUAAGGUAAACCGGGAGAUCGUUUCAGGACUGAAGUACGUGCAGGAGACGUACAGGAAAGGAAUGAAGAUUGACAAAACAGACUACAUGGUGGGCAGCUACGGGCCACGCGCCAACGAGUACGAGUUCUUCACCACGGUGGAGGAAGCGCCCAAAGGCCUGCUGGCCCGUGGGCACUACGUCAUCAAAUCCAAGUUCACCGACGACGACAAGCACAACCACCUGUCCUGGGAGUGGAACCUCAACAUCAAGAAAGACUGGAACGAUUGAAAGAGGCCUUUGAGUUCUGAAGGGGGGUGGGUUGAGAGGGGGGGGUUGGUGUCUUGAGGAUGUUUAAAUUCCUCACACCCGCCACCCCCCCCACGCACACUCCCAUAAUUCUCCUCCCAUUCCCGCCCUCAUCUUCACCGUGUCUGCCUUCUCAAUUUUAAGUUGCAUCUCAUGCCUUCGCCGCCACCUCAGUGUCUUAACGCCCCCCCCCCCCCCCUUGUCGGCAGUAGCAGCCCCCCCCUCCUUCAUCAUGACCCCCCUGUGCAUCCGUCCCUCCCCCGACUAAACCGUGCCAUGUAGCACCAUGAAGCCCACGCUUCGGUUCAGUUCGUUUUUUUUCUCCCCCCCGCUGCUUGAAGAGAUUAAUCCCGCCUCCUCCCUCCUCGCCGCCUCCCCUCCGGUUGUCUUCCUGUCAGUAUGAAGUCCACGUGGAAAAGCAACUGUACAAUCAACUUUAGUUAGCUUUAUUUUUUUUUUUUUUUUACAUAUAAAUAUAACCGUAUCCGUGGACGUAUAGUGUGAUUGUAUUCACCUCAUCAGCUGUUGUGUUCACCCCCCCAACACUAUCUUUUGGUAUAACCGAUAAAUGCCUUGUAACGGUUCCCAAAUGUAUCAACCCCCCCUCCAUGUGCUUUUUCAAAUGGGGGAGGAGCCAAAGCGAACAAAGGUUGGAAAGUUUCCAGACAGCUGCCUUACGCUCAAACUUGUGCCGUCAGGCAGCCUGCAGGGCUUUCAGCCGACCACCACACGGAGCCCGCCACGGUCUGACCCCCCCCAGGCGUAAAGGCUGUCUGGUGCUUCGAGGGGCUGAAUGUCCACAUAAUUAGGCAAACGCUUUUUCCUUGUCCUCUGCCUUAACAUGUCGUUACUUCUACCCUCAUUUCAUGCCAUCAGAAGGUCCCAGGUGAAGGGGCGUCGCAAAGAAUCCGAGGAGGCGGAGCCAGGCACCGCCCGCUGCUGCUACUCCCAGAGACCUCGGCGGUGUCUGGACUCGGAACCCUGAGCCGGUCCUGGACAGCGACCCGCUCUAAAGGGGUCGCGUGACACUACCAGAGGAAGGCCCCUCAGCUAGAACUCGUACUGUACCUGAACCUAUAGUAGCUCUUAGCUUGUUCCCAUAGCGACGUAUUCCUGUGACAUACAUUCCUUCACGUUGUACAGUUUCUAUGCGAACGCUGGCAUGCUGGUGGGGUUGUAUAUUCUUUCAUUUGUGAUUGCUCUUCUUAGUCAAUAAAGAUUUUGCUCAACUUGU